GAUUUUAAAUUUAAAACAAAAACCAAGCUUUAAUAAAUUAUUGGCAGUUCAAUGCCAUUAAUCCACUCCCCACCCAUCUUCCUUCUAAACCACUUCUAUUUAUGAGAAACUAAUUAAAAAAAUGCACAAUACCCUCUCUGCAUAGAGAUCAAACGCCAUAUACACAGUUGCAUUCUCAUUCUCACUACAGUCAUUUCCCAAAAUUCUUCUCCAACUCUUUUUUAGCAUACAACAAAAAAGGCACUCUCUUUUUUGUUAAAAAGGAAGAAAAGAAAAGAUGUCUGCUGUUAGUGGAGUUCUCUUCCCCCUUGUAUUCCUUAUGUUAAUUAUAAUUUCUCAUGGAGCCUCUGUUUCCCAUGAAAAAGGAUCAGAGUGGGAGAUGGUACCAGUAAUUGAGGAGAAAAUGAUGGUGAUGCUAAAUAAGACAUUAAGGAGGAAGCUUGGAAGCUUCAAGAUUUGUGCACUGUGCACUUGCUGUGGUGGUGCUAAACGCUAUUGUUUGCCCUCUCCUUGUUGCUAUGCCAUUAACUGCAACAUACCACAUAGGCCUUUUGGUUUCUGUUCUUUUACUCCUAAAACAUGUAAUUGCUUUGGAUGCCAUCUCUAGAUCCUAUUUCUCUUUCUAUAAAGAUUUAAAAAAAAAAAAUUGGAGAAUUUUGAAUUAUACCAAGAUAUUCUUGUGU